AUGCGAGACACGUCGAAGGCCAUUCCCGAUUUAAGUUUUGAUGCAGAGAGAGACGGUCCCUAUGAAAGGUUGCAGGCUGACCUUUGUAAACCUGGAAGUCUCAUUGCUGCUGUAAAAAGCUCAAAAGCUCAACGCGCUUUCAUAUACCUGGAUCACAGCAGCCCCGACCAUAUGAGAUCUGCUCUUCAAGCUCUUAAGUCUGCUGGCAUCAACUUCAUCGUGUUUUUAAGCAGCUUUACUGUUUACAAGAAAGCCCAAGAAAUUCAACCCAACGAAAUCAUACCCUACAACCACGCGCAGGUUGAGCUCAAUGUCCAAGAGAUUUUUGGUUCGGAGCAUUCCGUUAUAUUGCGACCAGGCGUUUUCGUCACCAAUCUUCUUGACCACAAAAAUGGCAUCAGCUCUGGCCAAGUCGCCUUAUUCGGACCUAGGUGGGAAAUCGAUGCCAUAGCUCCAAAUGAUAUUGGCGAAGUCGCUGGCACAAUUAUUGCUAGUGGACCUCUCAACGAACAACACAUCAUUUACUUGUAUGGGCCGCAGAUCAUCCAACAAAGCGCUGCCAUUCAGAAGAUAGGCCAGAUUCUGGAAAAAAACGUGCAAAUUCUUGAACUUGAUGCCACUGAAAGGCUGGCCCGUUAUGCUCAGACGGGUGCCUCAAAACCAUUCGCCAAGUAUAUGGUCGAACUUAUGAACCGCAAUAGUGCCGACGCAUCUUCCUACCGUGUCAACUACGAGGAAGGAGUACAGAAUGUUGCAAUGUACACUGGGCACCCUGCCACCAGCUUCGAGGAGUGGGCGGUGGCCAACAAGGGUUUAUUUUUAGUAUAG